GCGCAAGCCGGGUGGUCGUUUGCGUGGUCUUCUACGCGACAUUGGGACCGCGCCCUCACUGGGCAACAAGUCUUUUGUCGUCUCGUGAACACCACAAGCACGGGGCGUGCGAGGGUACAACUUGCAACGCCGCGUGUACACAUACUAGAAUAUGUCAGAAGCAGGUCGCGCUCACGCAGUUGGUUUUGGACCCGAUCUUUGGAGGAACUACCGUAUGAUUCACAAAAAAAGAGGACCCAUCUUCCCUAUCUUCCAAGUUGUUGUGCAAAACAUGCAUAUACGAAAGUCCUGUGUCGCUGUUGUGUGUGAUGCAAAAAAUGAUGGAUGGGGAGUCUGUUUUUUUUUUUCUGUGGAUACUUAUUACGCCGCGGAUGUGUUCGCACGCGAAGAUGAGCUACAGGGUCAAGAAAAAAACGGAACAAAUGCUGUUGGUGCUUCGAACAAGAGGAUGAACAGCACGACUUCUCCCAGUAUUGCAGCGACGCUAGACGCAAUGAGCUGGAGCGGCGUGUUGAUGCCGGAGAAGCUUUCGCUCGCCUCCGGUCACUAUCAACUGCAAAUAUGUCUUGGUCGGGAAAGAAUGAGAUUUGUGUUGCUUUCUGUCGAUCACACAAAAAUGUGUAUUCUUGCAAGAGAGGCAAAAGUAGACACUCAGAUUCUUGCCACCCGGAGAGGGCACUUCUCAUGCUGGAUAGGUAUGAGAAAAGCUUUGCGAAAGCUGUGAUGCUACAGCAUGCAUCACAGGCAUCGGGAGCCAUGUACAAUUUGCAUGACAAACUCCCCAAACUUUGUUCCAAGCCCAGACACUUUUUGCCAUGCAUAGUCACCUUGCGCCAGGCGGUCAUUGCUUGUUCACAAGGGCGGCCGGCGGAACGAAGAUCCUGGCAGGCGGGCGCACCGUAUCGUAAGGAAAAAUCCCCCCUCUCCAUAUCGAAAAGGCACGCCUCAGAGAAUUUGUCAUGCUGAUUUGUGACGACCUCGACCACAAAUCGCGUCUGUCUUGCAAGAAAGCAACGGCAUUGGCUUCGCUCCAUUAUGCAGGCGGUUGGUAGAAAUGUUGUUGGGCCUACAGCAUAGACGUUCCGCAUGCUAAGCGCCUAGGCCAAAGCCUCAUCCCUACAUUGACAUGAUAUGGGCCUGCGGUCCUCUACUGCAAGACAAAUCCGAUCUGUGCACGCAAAUCCAGCAUGAGAAGUUUUGUUUUGAUGUGCUGGGGAGGAGGGAUUUUUCAUUUUGAUACACCGAACGCGUUGUCGGGACUUGGGAAACUGGGUUUUCUGUGCCGAGACUUUGCAAUGGUGAUCAGAGUAUGCAUUGCAAAUUAUAUGUCUGGGUCUGGAAACUUGUGAUGCUAAUUUAUGAAUUGUGGGGACACUACAAUAAGCAGCCACGCAUGACAAGUUUCUGGGCUCCUAUGUGUUUCGCUUUCCGCAUGACAAACUACAUUUUUCUUGCAAGACAGGCAAGAGGGUCUUUUCCUGCUCACGCAUUACAGGUUCAAGAGUCAACAUGUGAGACAAACAUGACAAACCUGCAUUCUUCCAGACCCAGACAUAUUUGCAUCUGCUUACUCGCGCUACGCGAGGGAGUUUGA